GCUGCACCUCGAGAACUCCCAGAAUUAUGGAUACUGCUUCAGGUUGACGAAAAAUGACGCGAAAGUCAUCAUGCGGAACAGCAGAUAUAUCGAACUCGGGACUGUGAAGAACGGACGGAAAGCAGUUUCCACGGACCAUCAAGAGACUACGUAUGAAUAUCAGCGGACGCAGAGCGGGUUGGUGAGGGAAGUUGUCAGCAUCACAUCAACAUAUACUCCGGUACUAGAGAAUCUUGACCACAUCAUUACACACCUAGACGUUAUCCUCCGGUGAGCCCCGUGAUUGAAGCCUG